AUGUCUAUAGUGACUUCUCAAAAGUUCCAAGAGGUUGAGUUAAAUAAAAAAAGACAAAAGAUUUGGUCAUAUUGGAUCGCUCAUAUAAAAGCUUCAUCGAGACAAACAGAACUUAUUCCGAUAGUAUUGUUCUUGUUGACACAUUCUAAUAAUAUGACGUUAAAAGAUUUUGACGAUGAUGCGGUUGUCAUCUCUGGAAUAUCUGGAAGAUUUCCAGAUUGUGACAAUAUCGACGAGUUAAAAGAAAAACUAUUUAAUGGAAUCGAUUGCGUGUCCUCGGAUCAUAAAAGAUGGAAAUUCUAUGAUGCCAGAGUUCCAGCGCGUUUGGGAAAGAUGUUACAGCUAGAUAAAUUUGAUAACCUUGGUUUUGGAAUUCAUUCAAGAAUGUCACAUUUUAUUGACCCGGUAGCAAGAAUGGCAACGGAAGUAGCGUUCGAAGCGGUCACUGACGCUGGAAUAAAUCCCGUCGAGUUACGGAACACGAAAACAAAUGUCUACGGAGCAGUGACUUUAUGCGAGUCAGAUAAAGUUUUGUUCUACGAAAAAAUAGAGCAAAGUGGACAGAAUCUUACUGGAUGCUGCCGCGCUUUGUUAUCAAACCGAAUUUCCUAUUGUUUGGAUUUAAUUGGCUCAAGCUAUACUGCGGAUUCGGAUAGUUCAUCUUCUGCAGUGGCUAUACAAAAAGCAUACGAAGAUUUGAAGAGUAACAGUUGUGAUUACGCGAUCAUUGCUACUGGAAUCACUACAUUGCAUCCACAAACAUCAUACCACCUUUCAAACUUAGGCUUGUUGUCACCCGACGGAGUGAAUAGAUCUUUUGACGAGAAAGCUACUGGAUCCACAAGAAGCGAGUCGAUAGGAGCGAUUUUUCUUCAAAAAGCUAAACACGCAAAGCGGAUUUACGCCGAGGUUGUUAAUGCCUUUACAUUCUAUGGUGAUAGUAUGUCAAGAGACACAUGCCUAUUUCCCAUAGGAGAAUUCCAAGCUGAAAUAAUGAAGCAAACUUUAACGCAUUCCGGCUUGAAACCGGCCGAUAUAAAUUAUAUCGAAGCCGAUGGAACAGCGGUCAAAUCAAUGGAUCUCGAAGAACUAAAAGCGAUAAAUUUAAUUUAUGGGAAAGAUCGGAAUCCAUCAAAUCCACUCUUAAUAGGAUCGAUCAAAUCAAACGUUGGUAAUACACUAAGCGCGAAUUUAGUAAAUUCUGUCAUAAAGGUACUAAUUGCUAUGGAGAAGGAAGUUAUACCUCCGAAUCUUCAUUACAAUGAACCACCGAAAGAUGUGAAAUGCCUUCAAGAUGGACGAGUAAAAGUUGUUACAAAACCAACACCUUGGGUGGAUGGCGAUUAUGCUGCAUUGAACACAUCUUCUUUAAAUGGUGUUUUCUCUCACAUUAUUCUAAAGCGUAAUUCCAAAGGAAAAAAGAAGAGAGACCUUAGAUCAAAUAAUAUGCCUAGACUUUUUGUAAUUUCUUGUAGAAAUCAAGAAAUGAUAUCAUCAAUCUUUAACGUUUUGCAGCAAAAUAAAGGGGAUGACGAACUUUCUCAAUUAAUCUAUGAAAUUACCGAGAAACCAUUUGUGCAUUCUGUGUAUUCUGGAUAUAUAAUAAUUCCAGAAUCGGAAGAAGCCAAUUCAGAACAAUCGAUUGAGUUGAUUCCAAAUAAUUCCCGACCGAUCUGGUUCGUCUUUUCAGGCAUGGGAUCUCAAUGGACUGGAAUGGGUGAAUCGUUGAUGAAGAUACCAGUAUUUGCCGAAGCAAUCAAAAAAUGUGAUGCAGUUUUAAAACCUCGAGGUUACGAUAUUGUGCAUAUUAUUUGUGACAAAGAUCCAAAAAUAUACGACAAUAUGAUCAAUUGUUUUUUGGGAAUUGCAGCUAUACAAAUUGGUUUGGUUGAUAUUUUAUACGCCGUUGGUGUGCAACCAAAUUAUAUGAUUGGACAUUCCGUCGGUGAGCUGGGUUGUUCUUACGCGGAUGGUUGUUUUACAGCAGAGGAAAUGAUUUUAUGUGCUCUCUCUCGAGGUUUAGCUUCUGUAGAAAGUGAACUAAUACAUGGAACGAUGGCUGCAAUCGGUCUUGGUUAUCGACAAGUUAGACAUCUUUGUCCCGAAGACAUUGACGUUGCUUGUCAUAAUGGUCCAGGAAGUUCUACCAUAAGUGGACCUACCGAAUCCGUAAAUGCUUUUGUCAAACAAUUAAAGAGUAAUGGUACAUUUGCUAAAACCGUUCCAACAAAUAAUAUUGCUUACCAUAGUCGUUACAUUGCCCCAGCUGGUCCAAAAUUAUUGGAAUACUUAAAGAAAGUUAUACUUCAACCAAAAAAACGCAGUAAACGUUGGAUAAGCACGUCUGUUCCAGAAAAAGAAUGGGAUUUAAUGGAAGCUCGUUUUUCCUCGGCGGAAUAUCACACGAAUAAUCUCCUUAAUUCUGUUUUAUUCGAAGAAAUAUUAAGAAUGAUACCAAAUAAUGCUGUAACCAUUGAAAUUUCUCCCCACGGAUUAUUACAGGCAAUUCUGAAAACAUCAUUGCACAGCGAUAUCAUUAAUUUAGCAUUAACAAAACGGAACAAGGAUAAUACAAUGUUAGUUUUAUCCGCGUUAGGAAAACUUUAUAAUUUAGGGUAUCCCAUAGCGCCAGGAAAGCUUUAUCCAAAAAUUUCAUAUCCCGUUUCUAGAGGAACCCCAUUAAUUUCUUCUCAUAUCAAAUGGGAACAUAGUGCUGAUUGGUACGUUUCCUAUUCUACAAAUCGUAUGAAGCAACAAAUUGGAGAACGUUCCUUUACCUUGAAUUUGAAAUCAAACCAAUACAAGUUUUUACAAGAUUUUCAAAUAACCGACAAUGUUAUCAUUCCCCCAGCUGUCUAUUUGAAGCUACUUACGGAUAUGUACUCAACAUUAAUACUAAAUAAUACUGACAAAUCUUUAACGCUCCAGAAUAUUGUUAUUCGCAAUACAUUACUAAAAGUACCUAGAAACGGCAAAAUAAGUUUUAGGAUUAUGAUUUUUCAAGGUUAA